AGGCAGUUGAGGGGAGGCGGCCGCUAUGGUGGUGCUCCGCAGCGGCUCGGGUGGCUCUGGCCGCCCCGAUCCUCUUGGCGGAGGCGAGACCGCUUCGGCAUCCCCGCAGUCGCUCUACGAACCGAUGGAGUCGAGUUCGGAAUUUCUCAGUUUGCGCACCCCGACUUCGUCUCGGAGGAGGAGGAAACGCUCGGUGGACCGUCGAUCCCCUGGAGCGGCCGCCCGGGAUCUACCCGCCAGUCGGAAAGCCCGGAGGGAGUUUUCUUCAGACAAACAAUGUGAACACUUCACAAGACAGCAUGCCUUGAGAUCUAUGAGGAAAAAUAAUCAACAUUAUUCAGACCCUAGCUUUGACAAAAAGAUGUCAACACUGAGUGAAAAUGGGAUUAACAGGAAACACUUUACAAGGCAACUGGCUAGAAUGCAGGCGGAUGGAAAGAAUGAAGAUGGUGAAGGAUCUGUAGUUCCUGUAACCAGGUCCCUGAACGAAGGAGUAGGUGGGAAGCCUGAAGAACACGUUGCAGAAGAAAAUGGGGAUGUUGAAGUCCGUCGCAGUUGCAGAAUUAGACAAAGCCGCCAUAGUACUAUGAACCAGUCGGUUCUGUUUGACAGACUAAUUACAAAUACUGCAGAAGCUGUACUACAAAAAAUGGACGAUAUGAAGAAGAUGCGCCGUAGACGAAUGAUGGAAGAUCUUGGGGUGUUCAAUGGUAGAAAAGGAGGAAACCUUGAUAUGUACUCCAGAGGGAAACCACCUAUCCAAAGGACUGAUGAAGAAACCUCUGACAAUCAGGAUGGAAGUGCAGAAUCUUCAGAAGAAGUUGAGGACCAUGAAGAUGAAGAUGGAGAAGAAAACCAAAAGCGCUAUGAUCUCCGGCAGCGAAAAACUGUUGUUCGUUAUCAAGCCUCACCAGAAAAGCCCAGGCAUCCGAAGAAGCCUAAAUUUUAUGAUGAUGCAGCCUCUCCAGUAAGACAAGGUUUCCCCUUUAGUCCUGCAAGACCACGGAGCCCUUUCCGUAAAAAAAUAAAUAGGCGAAAGCAUGCAAUUCAUAAUAGUGAUUCCACAACUUCAUCAUCAUCUGAUGAUGAAGAACGCUUUGAGAGACGUAGGAAGAGAAGUCGCAGCAAAGCACUGAGCAGGUGCCUUCCACUAAAUUUUCAAAAAGAUGAGUUGAAGGGAAUCCACAGAGAUCGAAUGAAAAUUGGAGCAAGCCUGGCCGAUGUUGAUCCAAUGCAAAUAGACACUUCAGUACGAUUUGAUAACGUGGGUGGACUUUCUGAUCAUAUUUCAGCUUUAAAGGAGAUGGUAGUUUUCCCACUACUUUAUCCCGAAGUGUUUGAGAGAUUCAAGAUUCAGCCUCCAAGGGGCUGCCUUUUCUACGGUCCACCGGGUACUGGAAAAACUCUUGUUGCCAGGGCACUUGCUAAUGAGUGCAGUCAAGGAGACAGAAGAAUAGCUUUUUUCAUGAGAAAAGGUGCUGAUUGUCUCAGUAAAUGGGUGGGUGAAUCUGAGCGACAGCUUCGUCUGCUGUUUGACCAGGCCUUUCAGAUGCGUCCUUCAAUUAUAUUCUUUGAUGAGAUAGAUGGCCUUGCUCCUGUACGGUCCAGCAGACAAGAUCAGAUUCACAGCUCAAUUGUGUCUACGUUGCUUGCAUUGAUGGAUGGCUUAGACAAUAGAGGUGAGAUUGUGGUGAUCGGUGCUACAAACAGAUUGGAUUCCAUAGAUCCUGCUUUGAGAAGACCUGGACGUUUUGACAGAGAAUUCCUAUUUACAUUACCAGAUAAAGAGGCAAGGAAGGAGAUUCUUAAGAUCCAUACACGAGAAUGGACCCCUAAGCCAUCAGAAAUAUUUCUACAGGAGGUUGCUGAAAAAUGUGUUGUAUUAGCUGGAAACUGGCAAUGUGCAUCGAAAGCUCAGAAUAAUGUCAUGAUUUGUAGAAGUCCUGGUUCCGAACGGACCAAGGCCCGGUGUAGAAGUAAGAUGCAAUAUUCAUAUGAAAAACUUCGCCUUUUUGUUUCCUUUAAAGAUUUUGCUAAUCAUGCAUCAGAAUUUGAUCUGCUAUACAGCGAUGAAGAAGGACCAUCAGUAUUUGAAACAGGACAUUUUCAGAAAGGCUCUCAAAAGCGGACACAUUUUCUUAAUUUUAAUAGAAAUGCUUAUCACCAACCAACAUCUUGCCGACCAAGACUCUUAAUUAGUGGGAAGCCAGAACGUGGACAAGCUUCUCAUUUGGCUCCAGCAGUCAUACAUGCUUUAGAAAAGUUUCCUGUUUAUACACUAGACCUUUCUAUUCUCUUUGGUGUCAGUUCCAAAACCCCUGAAGAAACAUGUGCACAGUUGAUCUGUGAAGCUAAGAGAACAGCGCCAAGUAUAAUAUACAUUCCAAAUAUUCAUAUAUGGUGGGGAACGGUUGGACACACAUUGCAAGCAACAUUUAAAACACUGUUACAGAACAUUCCAUCCUUUGCUCCCAUUUUUCUUCUUGCAACAUCAGAUACACGUUAUGAAGUUCUGCCAGAUGAGGUAAAGGAAUUAUUUGCUGGUGGUUUUGGAGAGGUUUUUGAUGUUCACUUGCCUAAUUUUGAAGAAAGAAGGAAAUUCUUUGAAAGUUUAAUUCUCCAUCAAGCAGUUAAAUCACCGGUAUCCAAAAAGAAAGCAGUUUUGCAGGCAUUAGAGGUCUUACCAGUAGCUCCCCCACCGGAACCACGGCAGCUGACAGAACAGGAAGUCAAACAGCUUGAGGAGCAAGAAGAAGAUACUCUACGUGAGCUGAGAAUUUUUUUAAGAAACGUGACACACAGACUUGCCAUUGAUAAACGCUUCAGAGCCUUUUCCAAACCUGUUGAUUUGCAGGAGGUGCCAGACUAUGUCACAGUCAUCAAGCAGCCAAUGGAUCUUUCAACCAUUAUUUCAAAAAUUGAUCUCCACCAGUAUCUGUCUGCCAAAGAUUAUCUAAAAGAUAUUGACCUCAUCUGUAGCAAUGCAUUAGAGUACAAUCCUGAUAGAGAUCCUGGAGAUCGUUUGAUUAGACAUAGAGCCUGUUUUCUCAAAGAUACAGCCUAUGCUAUAAUAAAGGAAGAAAUGGAUGAAAAUUUUGAACAACUUUGUGAAGAAAUUCAGGAAUCACGCAAAAAGAGAGGUUGCAGUUCUUCAAAAUAUGCUCCAUCCUAUUACCAUGUCAUGCCAAAGCAAAAUACCACAUUGCAGGAUAAGAAAUUGGAUUCUGAAUGUGGUGACAAGAUUAAAAGCCCACCAACCCCUCUGGAUUCUAGUUCUCCUUUCAUUCAUAAUGCCUUAUCAAAGAGAAGACUAAGAAGAAAGAGUCGGUGGUGCCUGGGCAACCUAGCAAAGCGGAAAAAGACUUUGCAUUUCAAUAAGGAGAACAAAGCUCCAGGAGAAGAGCCAGAUGAAGGGGAGAGCGAUGGAGAAGAAUGUAUGGAAAAUAAUAACUCCAGUAUGGAGCAGACUGAAGUUGAAAUAACACAGACAUCUCUGGAUGACUCUGAACAUGUGCCUCCAAAGCAGCAUAUCAGUAUAUCUGAUGCAGAAAAUGAGCUGGCCAUUCACAGUGAUGUUAAGUGUAAAUUUGACAAGAGCAACAAGGAUGCAGAACUUUCAGAACCAAAAAAAGCAUGCAAUGGUGAUGCAACAGAACAUUCAUUAGAUAUAUGCAUGCUUCGUAUGACCCGUGCAAGGCGUUCACAGGUAGAGCAGCAGCACCUCAUAAAUGUUGAGAAAGCCAUGGAAAUUCUGUCAGCGCAAACACCACCACUCACAGUGGAUCAAGACAAGCUGAAUAAAUUACUAAACAUGGCUGUUGAGAAAAGCGGUGACUACACUAUUCUUGAGUUGGAGAAAUUCUAUGCCUUACUCAGUCAGUGUAUUUAUCGACAUCGUGGAGACUAUGACAAAAGCAAAUUGAUUGAGGCAAUGACAAGAGAAAUUGCAGCCUUCAAUCCAUAUGAAUUCAUAAUUUCAUAAUAUCGUCAAAUCCCUGAAAUCCUAUUGGAAAUUAAUGUGAGACCAAAUAUUACAUAUGCACAGUAAGCUUUAUCUAAUGUAGCAUUUCUAGAUUUUUACCCAUAUGGAAGAGAAGCCUUAGCCUUUUAAUACAUUGAGAACAA